CCUUCCUUACUACGUAUACAUUUUUGGAAGGAAGGAAGCGCCUACAGGCCCUAUUAUAAGGGUCACGUGGCCUACAGAAGCCCCUUUGCCUUUCUUCCUGAACAUUGAGUAGGAGAUCCCGAGCACAAUGGACAACGACUCCAAAGAACCAGAGCAGUUGCGGAAGCUGUUUAUUGGCGGGCUCUCGUUUGAAACCACAGACGACACGUUGAGGGAGCAUUUUGAGCAAUGGGGGAAAUUAACCGACUGCGUGGUAAUGAGAGACCCACAUACAAAAAGAUCCAGAGGGUUUGGGUUUGUGACUUACUCUACUGUACCUGAAGUAGAUGCUGCAAUGGCUGCUCGGCCGCACAAAGUUGAUGGCAGAGUAGUUGAACCAAAAAGGGCGGUUUCCAGGGAGGAUUCUGCAAAGCCUGGUGCACACCUGACCGUAAAAAAAAUAUUUGUUGGUGGUAUCAAAGAAGACACAGAGGAAUAUCACUUGAGGGAGUACUUUCAAGAAUUUGGCAAGAUAGAAUCCAUUGAAGUCAUGGAAGAUCGUCAGAGUGGGAAGAAAAGAGGAUUUGCCUUUGUUACCUUUGAGGACCAUGACACUGUUGAUAAAAUUGUUGUUCAAAAGUAUCACACCAUAAACGACCAUAAUUGUGAAGUUAAGAAAGCACUUUCAAAGCAGGAGAUGCAGACUGCUUCACAAAGAGGUGGUCGUGGUGGCAGUUCAGGCGCAUCCAUGGAGCGUGGUGGAGGUUAUGGAAGUGGAGGCAGUGGUGGAGGAAACUUUGGUCGUGGUGGAGGAGGAAACUUUGGAGGAAGAGGAGGAUAUGGUGGCAGCAGAGGUGACUAUGGUGGCAGUGAUGGCGGAUAUAAUGGAUAUGGUGAUGGAGGUGGUUUUGGUAGUCGUGGCUAUGGAGGCGGCUCUGGUGGUGGCUAUGGCGGAGGCUCUGGCGGCUAUGGCAGAGGCUCUGGUGGCUAUGGUGGAGGUGGGUCUGGAGGUCCCUACGGCGGAGGCUCUGGAGGUUAUGGUGGCAGCUCUGGUGGCGGCUAUGGAGGUGGCAACUCUGGAGGCAGCGGCUAUGGAGGUGGCAGCUCCGGCAGUGGCGGUGGCUAUGGAGGUGGCAGCUCCAGUGGUGGCUAUGGAGGUGGCAGCUCUGGAGGCGGCGGCGGCUAUGGAGGUGGCAGCUCUGGAGGCGGUGGCUAUGGAGGUGGCAGCUCUGGAGGCGGCGGCGGCUAUGGAGGCGGCAGCUCUGGAGGCGGUGGCGGCUAUGGAGGUGGCAGCUCUGGAGGCGGCGGCUAUGGAGGUGGCAGCUCUGGAGGCGGCGGCUAUGGAGGUGGCAGCUCUGGAGGCGGCUAUGGAGGAGGAUCUGGUGGCCAAGGUGGCGGCUAUGAAGGCUACAGUGAAGGCAGUGGUGGUGGCGGCUAUGGUGGUGGCAACUAUGGCAGCAGUGGAGGUGGCGGUGGAGGCAGUUACAAUGACUUUGGAAACUACAGUGGACAGCAACAGUCAAAUUAUGGUCCUAUGAAAGGUGGCAGCUACAGUGGUAGGACGUCUGUUAGCCCCUAUGGUGGCAGUGGAGGAGGCGGAGGUGGUGGUGGAGGAGGUAGUGGCGGUGGUUUUGGAUCUGGAAACCGAAGGUUUUAGUGUUGGAAAAGGCUACAGUUCUUAGCAGGAGAGAAUGAGCGAGGAGUUGUCAGGAAAGCUGCAGGUUACUUUGAGACAGUCGUCCAAAUGCAUUAGAGGAACUGUUUUAUCUGCCACAGGAGGAACGAUGACCAUAGUCAGAAAAAUAACUGCAGCUUAAACAGGAGAUCUUUCUUGUUCAGGACUGUUUUCCUCUAGCUACAGAUGCAAAAAGUGCAGCUAUUUAAUGCAAAUAGUGUCUGUUAGAUGUACAUUCCUGACGUCUUAUCUGUUAUAGUUAUGUCUUUAUUUUUUCAUUGCAUCAGGUAUAAUGCCCAUGUAAAUUUUGUGGUAGUGGUACCAGGAAUAAAAACGAAGAACUUUUUAACUUUUUAA